AUGGUGGACGACACAACGAAAAACUUGACCGAUACCGCCGGCAACGUAACUGGCGGUCGUGAGGGAGGACCCGGCGAUACAAUCGGCAAACUGGGCAACACAGCCACCAACACCGUCACGUCAAAGAAGAAGAAAUCAAAAAAGGGAGGCAGCAACAACAACGACGAGGAAGACGAGGAGAGCAACGAGGGCUUUGGUCUGGAUAACGGGUCGGACGUGAAGGGUAGCUUAAAGGUACAUAUCAAGUUGGAUUUGGAAGCCGAUAUCAAGAUCUAUGCGAGGAUCAAGGGAGAUAUUGCUAUUGGGAUUUUGUAA